CAUGGAAAUGAGAGAGAGAGAGGACCCAAGCCAACCAACUAAUGAAAAGGGGUUGUGCAGUGUACAACAGUAGAAGAAGAAUAUACCUUACAUAGUGGGGGAAAGCAUGAUGAGGAAAUAAGAUUUAUUCACACACACACACUCACAUACACACAAACGAGGACAAGACUGGGGAGGGAGGGAUCUGUCUUUAAUUUCUUUCUUUCUCCCUUUCUUUCUUUCUUUCUUUAUACAUAUAUAUAUAUAUAUACACAUAAAAGGUAUAUAUAUAUAUAUACAUAGCUAACUAGGCUAAGGAGGACUAGCUAGAGAUGAACAAGAUGGUCCCACGUGAUAGAGCAUGUUCCACCCCAUGCCACUAGGAAGGAGCACUCUCUUUCUUUCUCUCUCUUUCUUUAAGGCCUUCUCACUUCCCACUUGCAAUCUUUGCACAAUCUGGCAAUAUUGCAUGCUUUUUGUGAUUUCAGUUGAAUUAUAAUUCUGAUUCAAUCAUAGAGCACCAAUUUCAAGCCAGCCAGCCUAUAGCUGUUGGACUGCUCUCGCUUGGAGCUUUUGGAUCCUGUCCUGGGGAGAGAGAAGAAAAAGAAGAAGAAGAAGAAGAAAAUUAGACAAGAGCUGUUCGCGUUCGCUAGAAGAGACCUGUCUUUUCCAAUAUAUAUCUAUAAGGAAUUCCCUUCUUUUUCUAUUCAACCAGUUUAUCAUAAUGUGCGUGCUUUUCAUACAUUACCAUGUUGACUAAUCCCAACCAACCACACAAGCACGCACUCUCUCUCUCUCUCGGGACUCAUUUCUCUUUAGUUGGUGUCUCACAGUCACAGUAGUUGCUUCUAGCUAGCUAUACAGAAACCCAUAAUUACUCUCUCUCUCUCUCUCUCUCUCUCUCACUGAGGGUUAUAUGCAUGAAAUAUUCUAUUUCACGUUGCAUAUAUGCAUCUGAUCCUCUCACGUUCAUUUGCACCCAAGCAUAUAUAUUAAGCCCUGUUCUCCUUGUUGCUGGCUAGUGGUUUCCCAUCAGAAAUUAUAUAUAUUAGUUGGAUAUUCAUUUGGUUCUGCAGCUACACUCUCUUUCUCCAAUCCAAUUCAAUCGGUCCACUCACUUGAAGUUGCAAGGAAAAAACCCCGUCCUCCUCAAUAGCUAGCUAGCUAUAAAUUAAAGGACUUGCGGCUGGGUGCUAUGCAGGAACAAUGCGUGAUGGUGGGUCCUCGAGACACCUUGUUGGAGGAAAGAUGAUCAUCAGGUAAGGGCCAUAACGUCUACUUCACAACUUCAUUCUGAUAUGAUCGAAUUUCCAUAAUUUUAUAUUUAUUGUUUCUUUUUCUUUGACAAUUUUUGUUUAUAGCUUUCGAUAUGCAUUUUUGUUCUUCUCUUCUUCUAACCCGUCGUCUUCUUUUUUUUCUUUAAUUUUCGUGAUUGUGGAUUUUGGCGAUUCCAAUUUGCAUGUUCAUUCGGCUACUGAAACUAUAUUAAAAUCAGCUUCGUACCUCGGCGGCAAUCCUUCAUAAUUUAAAUCAUCCGAAAGGGGAUAUUGUUGCAGCAGUUUUUUUGAAGGCACAACUGAUUGAUCUUCUGUAUUAAAAGGAAAGUACCAAUCCAGAAAUGAAGUUUAUGAAAAUUGGGACCAAGCCGGACACCUUCUGCACAGAAGAAGCCACCAGGACUGUGAUUUCAGAUGUACCAAGCGACCUUCUCAUACAAAUUAACAACAUCAGUUAUCUUCUCCAUAAGUUGCAGUUUCCACUUGUUCCAAAAUGUGGCCUCUUACAACGGCUUUGCUCUGACUCUGGUGAUUCUGAAAAGGUCAGCAUAGAGCUUCACGAUAUUCCAGGAGGUGAAGACGCUUUCGAACUGUGUGCUAAGUUCUGUUAUGGAAUUACGAUUAACCUCAGUGCGUAUAACUUUGUACCUGCAUUUUGUGCUGCUAAGUUCCUUCGAAUGACUGAGUCAUUAGAGAAGGGAAAUUUUGUUCCAAAACUCGAGGCUUUCUUCAAUUCGUGCAUUCUUGAAGGUUGGAAGGACUCCAUUACCACACUAGAAACCACAGUAAAGUUGCCAGAGUGGUCUGAGAAUCUUGGAAUCAUCAGAAAGUGCAUUGAUUCAAUUGUUGAAAAAAUCCUUACACCUCCAGCAAAGGUCUCAUGGUCCUACACUUAUACUAGACCUGGUUACAGCAAAAAGCAACACCAUUCUGUUCCAAAGGAUUGGUGGACAGAGGAUAUAUCAGACCUUGAUGUAGACCUGUUUCGGUGUAUAAUUACUGCUGUUGCAUCAACGUACAUGCUGCCACCGCAGCUCAUUGGUGAAGCUUUGCACGUCUAUGCUUGUCGUUGGCUGCCAGACACCACGAGACCGCCUCCACAAACAGAUGAGCAAUUUGUGGAGAAGAAUCGAAGAAUUGUUGAUACCAUUGUCAGUAUGAUUCCUGGAGAUAAGAGAGCAGUUUGUGUUGGAUUCUUGCUAAGGCUUCUUAUAGUUGCAAAUUACUUAGGAGUGUCUCCAGUGACAAAGACAGAACUAUUAAGGAGGUCCAGUCUACAACUCCAAGAGGCAACAGUGAAUGACCUGAUUUCUCCAUCACACUCGCCCACUGACCCAGAAUUUUACGAUAUUGACUUGGUUGUGGCAGUUUUACAAAGUUUCUUGGUGCUGUGGAGAAGACAAUCCCCUGCAGCUGCUUCUGCUUCUGAAUCAAACGGCAGCAGCGCCCAGUUUUUGGGAACAAUGAGAAAGGUUGGGAAGCUCAUCGAUUCUUACCUUCAAGUCGUUGCCAGGGAUGCCAACAUGCCAGUUUCAAAACUGGUAUCUCUGGCCGAAGCUUUGCCAGAUAUUGCAAGGGAAGACCAUGACGACAUUUACAAGGCUAUUAACAUUUAUCUAAAGGAGCAUGGUGAUCUGAGCAAGGCAGACAAGAAGCGCCUCUGCCGCAUUUUAGACUGCCAGAAGUUGUCGCCCGAGGUACGCGCUCAUGCUGUGAAAAAUGAGCGGCUACCAUUGAGGACUGUUGUGCAAGUCCUCUUCUUUGAACAAGACAGAGACAGAGCUUCCAACUCCAAGGCAGCAGCAACUCAUGAUCAUCAUCAUAAACAUAAACUACUGCCACUUAUGCCCUCCCAGUCCCAGUCCCAGGAGCUCUUUUCCACAGGAAAACAAACAGUUCCAACUAGCAGAGAAUUAGAUAUUCAUAAUGGUCAUGGUCAUGGACAUGGUAAGCUAAAACUGGGAGCAGCAGAUCAUCAUGAUAAAUUCACUAGUAGUAGAGGGGAUCACAGCACAAGAAGAACCAAUGUUGCUGGAAAGAAAGAUUAUCCGCUGCAUUUGCAAACAAAAAGAUCAGAUGGAAAGUUUCCCGUGGGAACCGAAAGAAAGAUUGUUAGCUCAACAGAAAUACAAGACCAAGUAGAACAUCAACUAGAAACGGGAUCUGGGAGCAAGUUGGAUGCUAAGAAGAUGAUACAAAGGGGAAGUAGAUCGGACCAUGGCCGCGACAAAGGCAAAGAUAGAUAGCAAAAACGUACAUCAACAUCGACCUUUCCUUCUUCCCUUUGCACUUGUUGUAAUUAAGGUUUUUCCUUUUCAUAAAAUCUGUCAGUUAACGAUCUUAUGUUAUGAGCCCUCUUCACCAUUUGUGUCGUAAACUUAAAGGGUUCUUGCUGUGGGGAAUACCAGAAUAGCUAGUUUUACUAACUAGAAGAAAUUAAUAAGAAAAAGGGGUCCAGAGCUGCAUAUGCAAGC